AUGGCUACGCUGCUCCCCGAAAGAAAACGCCUGGAAGAGCUCGAGGAAGAAAUCAUCGGGCUCGAAUUGCGACUAUCCGCUCUACGCGACGAGGUUUUCACUGUCAAGCAACGGAUGAACAACUACGUUUACCCUGUUCUCACUCUUCCCAACGAGAUCGUCUCCAUGAUAUUCCUCCAUUAUGUACCGGCUUAUCCCUGCCGCCCAAGCAUACUUGGGGAAGGCUCUCCCAUACUUCUCACCAGAAUAUGUCGUCAUUGGCGCGAUAUUGCAGACUCGACACCUAGGCUCUGGUGCUCCAUUCGACUCUUCCACUUCCAAACUAUACUCCGGCCGCCUCUCGCAUCCGAAGUCCCCAGAUCUCUCAAACUCGCCGCCGACCGCAAAACGGCCCAGCUACACCUGGAGCUCGCCGAGAAAUGGAUGGAAAAAUCUGGUGCUCUUCCGCUUUCCAUCGAACUGGGGGUAGAUGUGGACAACUACGGCGAUUAUUACAAUCUGAUGGGCCUGCAACUUGAGGCUCUACGCCUCAUAAUGCGCUACCACAAGCGAUGGCAAUACAUUCAGUUUCGCCUUCCUGUGAAACCAGCGCUGACCGGUGUUGCUAAACGUCGCGACCGGCUGACCAUUACUGACUGUUUUCCGCUUCUCCGUGAGCUCCACAUUGAAUUCGACAAUUACCCGGCUUUCUUGGUUCUCAUCGAGGCGCCCCAUCUUGAACGAGCGACAUUCGACAACACCGAUUUGGGCCCACUGUCGACGUUAUCCCGACCACCAUCGUUAUUCAACAAUCUGACUCAGCUCAUUCUGCUUAGAUUCGAUCUCUUGAGUGCUGUUUGGGCUCUCCGCUACGCUCCUUGUCUGCAGCGAUGCUGGAUGAAUGUUACAUUCGUCAUCGAGGGCGAGGACCACCAUUCGGACUUCAUAGAGCCAGUUUUUCUUGGACAGUUGACAACACUUGCGAUCAGGCUGUGGAUGGGCGAGUGUGAUUAUAUGUCUGAUUUUCUCGGGUCCCUCCGAACGCCUCGUCUGGAGAGGCUUUGCAUUGAAGAAGACUUUCUCGACCCCGAUCCCAUCGACACGCUGUCCAAUCUAAUAGAGAGUGGCUCGCUACAGCUCAAGGAACUUCUCGUCAUAACCCCGAAGCGAACCGGGCCCCAAUACGCACGUGCAUUCAGCCAAAUACCUCGAGUCCGCCGCGUCAUCGAUAUCGAUUUAUCCCAUAAUCGCGACUCUGCCAUAGCUGAGGAGUGGGGUUUUGUCCUGGGUGAAGGGGUGCGCUUUGACUAUCAAAAUGACUGGUAG